UAGUUUCUUUAUAUAUUGACCGAUUCAAUAGACCACUUUGGAUACUUGAACAUGAGGGGCUACCUUGUACUGUUGUUUGUGGCUUUGGCCUGCAGCUCAAUGGCAGAGGAGGAUUCCAAAGAUUUGAAAGCCGAGUUGGAUGAGAUCAAUAAGGAGAUCGAAAAUGAGAAACACCAGUUGCUUUCCAAGGAACAAAAAAUAGAUGAUAGAAUUGUUGAAAAGGCUCAGCUUGAUAGCGAGAUUGCUAACAUGCAAAACCAAUUGAAAAUCAGAGAACUGGAGUUGGCCAAGAUCAAUAUUAGGCUGGAACGGAAAAUGCUCGAGCUGGAGCAUUGUAUAAAUGAAAAGCAGUACGAUGAAGAAGUCCGGCGGAUCGUCAAUGAGCGGGCAGAUGAAAAGGUCCCAGAACUGGCGUCAGAGGCUAGGAAAGAGUUGCAGGAAAAGUAUUUAACACUUCUGCAACAUUCCUUCAUUCAUCCUACCUAUCACAAGGUGUUUAGUAAAAGAGACCACCCUCUAUGAACCAACUCUCUAGUGUAUCUCUAGAAGGUAUGCCCUGCCUUGUCCCAUUGUCGACCUUGGAUUUGCCUUUGUUUGUCUAAAAGUUUUCCCAAAGUAAUGAAUUUCUGUUGAAUGGAGGGAAUAGAAAGUCGUAGAAUGUAAAUAGGACGAUAUGACAGUUAUAAUAAAAAGUUGAAUAAUAAAUAGGGGCAUUAAAAGCAGGUA